ACGUGAUUUUUUUCAUUUUUUCUUUCUCUAAAACAUUAAUUAGGGCUAAAACUUAAUUAAGGAGCUAUUCGAUAUGCCAAGCACGCCUCUAGCCGUCCCCAAAAUAGCUCAGUCCCGAAUCGAACAACCUACCCGGCUACCCCACCACGAAAGGUCUCCCGCACAAGUCACAACAGAACAACCUACCCCCACAAGCAGAAGGAUCCGGGCGGCCACCGAGAGUCACUGGAAGAAGCUCGUCCGGCGCCCCGCGACGAGACGACGGCCUCCUCCUCCGCUCCGCUGAAGAACGACCUCCCCGCUGACAGAGGCGGAGCGCUCCGCAGAGGCGCAGAGAGAGGUGGCGUCUGCCUUGCUGCGCUGCGGGUCUGCGGUCUCCUGCAGAUUCCCGCACCCACAAGGCCAGAGGCGACCCACCAGCGCCACCCAAAAAAGGCGCACCCCUUUCCGCCGCCCAAAUCUCCCUUUACCCCGAUCCCCAAGCCCCGCCGCUGCUCCCUCGUACGCACCGUUGGCGGGCCUUGUAGCGAGGAGGGGGUGCGGAGGCGCCGCGACUGUUCGCGGGAUGAGCUUCGGCGGCAGCAGCUCCCUCGCAUCAGGUGCGAAGAGGCCGUUCGAGUACGGGAGAACGCAUGUGGUGAGGCCCAAGGGCACGCACAAGGCCACCAUUGUCUGGCUCCAUGGACUUGGGGACAAUGGAGCCAGCUGGUCUCAACUACUGGAAACUCUUCCCCUUCCUAAUAUAAAAUGGAUAUGCCCCACUGCACCUUCAAGACCCGUGUCAGUGUUUGGCGGGUUCCCCUCCACAGCAUGGUUUGAUGUUGCUGAUCUUUCUGAGGAUGCUCCUGAUGACAUUGAGGGAAUCGAUGCCUCAGCAGCACAUGUUGCGAAUUUGUUGUCAACUGAACCUGCUGACAUCAAACUUGGUGUUGGCGGCUUUAGUAUGGGUGCUGCUACUGCUCUGUACUCUGCAACUUGCUUUGCCCAUGGAAAAUAUGGGAAUGGCAAACCAUUCCCUGUGAACCUAAGUCUUGCCGUUGGUCUUAGUGGCUGGCUUCCAUGUGCCAGGACCUUGAAGAACAGAAUUGAAGCCUCACCAGAGUGUGCACAAAAGGCUUCAUCAAUACCUCUUUUGCUCUGUCAUGGAAAAGCUGAUGAUGUAGUUGCCUACAAGCACGGGGAGAGAUCUGCUGGUGCCUUGAAGGCAAAUGGCUUUUCCAAUGUGCUCUUCAAGGCAUACAAUAGUCUUGGGCACUACACUGUUCCAGAGGAGAUGGAUGAAGUUUGCAAAUGGAUCACAGCAAAUUUGGGGCUUGGCACUAAGUCAUCUUGAUUGGAAUUUGAUGCGAGAAAGACUCGCAGGGACGGUGUCCAAAUAAUACCGGUAUCUUUUCCAGGAGGUAUAUGGUUUAAUAGCAAAUUUGGGCUUGGGUAUACGGCCAUGUUCUAGCUUUUCUUAACGCAGACGUGUCUGCGAAUGAUGUAUGCUUAUAAUAUCUAUAUUUUGGUCUACGUCGAUUUGGUUGUGGCACGGAUAAUGUUUGUUUCAAAUAUUCUGCUCUGCGAAUUGGAAUUGUGAUGUUUUGCUUUC